UUUUUUUAUUUUCGAAUUCGUCGUGUGUGCCGAGGUAUCUCGUUCUGUAAUUAACGAUAUAUCUAUAUUUUUUAAUGGGUCCGUGACCCAUUAAAUGUAUAAUAUUGUCUUUUAAUUCAAUAUGAAUUACCAUUCUCAUUUGUUAAUAUAGUUUUGUGCAAUUUUUAUUUCUAUUGUGUUAUUUAUUAUUCGUCUGUUUUUAAAAUAAAAUUUUAUUUAUAAUUCAUAAUAUAAUUUGUACUUAAAUUAUUGAAUUGUUAUUAUACUUAUACUUGUUCGGUCAAUUGCAUAGAUAUAUUUAUUUUAUAUUGUUUGUUGUUACUAUGGAAGAAUACGGGGAAAUUAAUUUAACUAAUCAAGAGUUGCAAAUGUUGUCAGAUUUAGACAGUCGAAUGUAUGGAUUUUUGAAGUUAAAUGAUCCAAAAGAAGAAAAGAAAAAAACAUUAGUUCUAAAAGCAAUAAAGUACCUUGAAAGGAUGUUAAUGCAAAUGCAGAAAGAAAAAACAGAAGAUGAAUCCUCAAAAGCAAUCAGCAUUGAUUCCAAAACUUAUUGUAAACUAGGACAUUUCCAUUUAUUGUUGGAAAACUAUUCUAAAGCAAUGUCUGCAUACCACAAAUAUUACAAUGAUGCCGAAACUAAUCAUUGGAAAGAUGCUAAUUUUUUGUAUGGUCUUGGUCUUGUAUAUUUUCAUUUUAACUCAUAUCAAUGGUCUAUUCAGUUUUUUCAAAAAUUAUUGUAUAUUGAUCCAAAUUACCAACGAGCCAAUGAAGUACAUCUUAGAUUGGGUUUGAUGUACAAAGUGUUUAAUGAGUGGGAAACAGCAUUAAAACAUUUAAAACAUGCUUAUUCAGAUGUUAGCUUAAGCACCUUUUCAAAACUUGAAAUAAGCUUCCAUAUAGCACACUUGUAUGAAGUACAAGGGAAAUACAAGUUAGCCAAAGAUCAUUAUGAACAACUCUUAAAUGAUUCAAAAAUUACUGUUCACCUACGUGCCGAUAUUUGUAGACAGUUAGGAUGGAUGUACCACAGUUGUGAAUGUCUAGGGGAUAAAAAUCACCGUGAAACAGUUGCUAUUCAAUAUUUACAAAAAUCUAUUGAAGCUGAUAACAAAUCAGGACAGUCUCUUUAUUUAUUAGGACGUUGUUAUGCAAGUGUUGGAAAAGUUCAUGAUGCAUUUAUAGCAUAUCGCAAUUCUGUUGAAAAAUCUGAAGGAAAUGCAGACACGUGGUGUUCCAUUGGAGUACUCUACCAACAACAGAACCAGCCUAUGGAUGCAUUGCAAGCAUAUAUAUGUGCAGUGCAAUUAGAUAAAGGCCAUAGUGCAGCUUGGACCAAUCUUGGUAUAUUAUAUGAAAGUUGUAACCAACCAAAAGACGCUCUUGCUUGUUAUGUUAAUGCAACAAAAGGUAAUGCAGUAGUAAGUGAAACUUUGAUAAAAACGACCUUAAAUGUUCCAGCAUCUGCAAUAUCGAACAUGAAUCCUAAUCUUGGUCAACGUAUUAAAUUUUUACAAACUCAUUUAUGCAAUGCACCAAUGCCUAGUAUUACUAGCAAGCGACGACAAUUACCUUCAAUCGAAGAAGCUUGGAAUUUACCAAUUUCAGCAGAAAUGUCUUCAAGACAACAACAACAACAGCAGCAGCAGCAACAACAACAACAACAACAAAAGACUGCACAAACUCCAUAUCAAAAAUCUCAGGAAAUGGUUGCUACACCCCAUGGUCAACCUCCUCCUUAUAAUUCAACUAAACCAGAUAACCCGUUGGAAAAUAACAUCAAACGAAUCAAAGUUGAGCCUCAAACUGGUAGUAACAGUAAUCCUCCUCAACCUGCAUUUUAUUUAAAUAGUCAGCAAAUUCAGACAAUGAAUGUCCUUCAACAAAAUUCUCAUAAUUUAUCACAUCAACAACAAGCUUUGCUACAACAGCUGCAAAAUAACUAUCGUAUGAUGCAACAGCAUCAGCAGCAAUUGCGAUUAAAACAACAAAGUAGCCCUAGUCAACAAGGACAAUAUCAAAACCCUCCUACUGUGAUAAAACAGUUCUCUGACCAAAGCCGUGGAGAUUCAAAAUCCAAUGAUUUAAUUGAUGGUUCAAGUGAAAAUCAAGAAUUGGAUAGAGAAUUGCAAGCUCUCCUAUCCCAUAAGGAAUUAACUACUUCAUUAGCUGAAGAUUUGCUCAAACAAUUUGGUUCAUCAGAAGAAUUAAGUAUUAAAAAUGAAACUAACACCACUACAUCACCCCAAGAAGUUAAAACCACACAACAGCCUACAACUGAAAAGGUAGUUAGGUAUCAAGAUUCAAGUUCAUCAGACACUGAUUAUUCUUUGGACUUAACUGCUGAGGAGGUUUUAGAAAUUGCGCAGAAAGAAACAGGACCUGGUAUGUGGAAUAGAAAUGUAUUGAGUCCAAAUGGGCCACCACCCACACCUCCAGAACCUCCUCCUCAACAAUUAACACGUGAACAAUUACUACCAUCUACUCCAUCAGUUAUGCUUGAAAAUAAAAAAGAUGCAUUUAGUCCAAGAUUGCAAGAAUUUUGUUUAAAAAAUCCUAUUGCUGUUGUUCGAUGCUUAGCUGGUGCCCUAAAAUUAGAUCUGGGAUUAUUUUCAACUCGGACAUUAGUAGAAACUAAUCCAGAUCAUUCAGUUGAAGUUCGAACACAAGUUAUGCAAAGCAGUGAUGAUAACUGGGAUGUUAAACAAAAUCGAAGAGGGUGGGCUUGUAUUAGUCACCGAUCACAUACAACCAUUGCUAAGUAUGCUCAAUACCAAGCUUCCAGUUUUCAUGAAUCAAUAAGAGAUGAAAAAGAUGGUAUACCAAGUGUUCAUUCAGUUCCUAAUUCAAAUUUAUCUGACUCUGAUUCUAAAGACUCAAUAACGAUGGAAAAAAAACGAAAAAAGAAUAUUAAUUUACCUGGUGUGAAACCUCCUGCUGGUAGUAAAAUGCUCAAGUUUGGAACCAAUGUGGAUUUGUCUGAUGAGAAAAAAUGGCGUCCACAACUUCAAGAACUUACUAAGCUACCAGCAUUUGCACGAGUUGUCUCUGCUGCAAAUAUGCUUUCACAUGUUGGACAUUCAAUAUUAGGCAUGAAUACUGUUCAGUUGUACAUGAAAGUUCCUGGUAGCCGAACACCUGGUCACCAAGAGAAUAACAAUUUUUGCUCGAUUAAUAUUAAUAUUGGUCCUGGUGAUUGUGAAUGGUUUGCUGCGCCUGAUGCUUACUGGGGUGUCAUUAAUAAUCUUUGUGAAAAGUAUGGCUUAAAUUACUUACAUGGAUCUUGGUGGCCACUGGUUGAAGAUUUACUUGCAGCAAACGUCCCUUUGUAUAGAUUUUUACAAAGACCUGGUGACAUGGUUUGGGUAAAUUCAGGUUGUGUUCAUUGGGUCCAGGCUGUUGGUUGGUGUAAUAAUAUUGCAUGGAAUGUAGGUCCUCUAACAGCUAGACAAUAUCAUCUUGCUAUAGAACGCUAUGAGUGGAAUAAACUGCAAAGUUAUAAAAGCAUUGUACCAAUGAUUCAUUUAAGUUGGAAUUUGGCAAGGAAUAUAAAAGUAUCAGACCCAAGACUAUAUGAUCUUGUUAAAAUGUGCUUAAUGUGUUCUUUACGUCAAUGUGGUAUAACCUUGGAAUUUAUAAAAGUUAAAAAAAUUCAAACUCGUUUUCAUGGAAGAGGCAAAAAUGAAGCUUCACAUUAUUGUCAUGACUGUGAUGUGGAAGUAUUCAACAUUCUUUUAAUUCGCGAACAAGAGAAAAAACAUUGUGUUUAUUGUGUUAUUUGUGCGAAGAAACAAUCUCCAAAUUUAGAAGGAUUUGUCUGUCUAGAAGAGUAUAAAAUGUCUGAACUAAUAGAAAUUUACAACAGUUUUGUAUUACAUUGUCAUACUACACCUGUACUGCCACCUAGUAAUAAUACUGUAGCGCAAUCAACGUAAGUUACUGCGAUAAAAAAAAAAUGUUUUUCUUCAUUAAUAUGUAAUAUAUACAUAUUACAUAUAUGUAUGUAUAUAUGUUAUAUAAGUGUGUGUAUAUUUAUGUAUACAAGUAGUUCAAGUAUUUGAAUGUAUAAGUAUUUUACAUAAUUUCUUAAAAAAAUAUUUUCUACAAAACAUUAAUUUUGAAAAUGGUUACAUUGAAAUUAUUGUAAUAAAACAAAAACAAAGUUUUGGAUUAUUAUUAUAAUUUUAUUGAUGAACACCAAUGAUUCUCAACUGAGAAAUAUAUUGUCAUUAAAUAUAUUUUUUGAACCGUUUAUUAUAAGUCAUAUUAAGAUAACAAGUUUAAACAUCACAGCAGCUUACAUGUAUGUAAUUAAUAAAAUGUAAAUUAUCUGACUUGUGAUUUAUAUGUAUGCAACAAAUAUAUGUAUCAUAUGAUACAUAAAAUACAUAAAAGACCAAUUAUACAAUUGGUUUAUGAAUCUAAUGUGUAUACAUUUCCUUUAUCUGAUAAAUGUUUUCACUUUUUUUUACAUUUUUAUACAUAAUUUAAAUCUACAUAUAUUUUUAAAAUUGUAGAUUUUUAAAGCUUUAACACUCCAAAAAAUUGCUUAACAUAACAUUUUUAUAGUAAACGGUUCUUGAGUAUCAUAUUGGUUUCAUGAAUGAUUUUUACAUGCAAUUGUCUAUUGUGGUAAAUUUUGAAUUUAAGUUUAUGGCAGCUCAUUGCACACAUGUGUUCACGUAAAUUGUACAAAAUUUAAAGGACUGUUAAUGCCAUUUUUAGUAAAUGCAUAAUAACUUUAAGAAACAAGUAGAAAAAUAUUGUAUAUAUUUUGUAAAUUUAAAUUCGGUUGUAAUAGAUACACACCUUUCUAGAAUUUUUCAGAUCUCAACAUUUUUUUUUACCGAAAUAUUCUAUAACAAAAUAUUUUUAUACUGAAAAAUCAAAUUAUUGUUUUAUUUUUAUCUGAUUAUUUUUUUUCUAUGCCUUUAUUCUGAAAUUACUUUUUCAAAGUACAAAAUUGUAUGUUUUAUUUUUUAUUUUUAACACUAUACAGUCAUAAAGAUAAUUAAUUUUGAUUUAUUAUCUUCAUCAUCAUUAGUUAUUACUUAUACAGUAGUACAAAACAAUGAGCCUUAUAUUUUAAAGCUGAAGUCACAUACAUAUUAUGAGGUCCAAAAAACAUUAUAUGUAUACCAUUGUAUUUUUUAAAAAAUAGUUUUUGAUAAGCUACUGUUUUUAAGGAAAUUUUAUUUGAUGACUAUAUUUAUAAUAGGUUUAUAAACCUAUUUGAGUAUUAGGUUAAAAUAUUUAAAAUAAUAUUUCUAUGUAAAAUUGUAUUUUAUCUUGAUUCUUCUUCUCUAAAUUUAAAUAAUUCAAUUAAAAAUUCAAAAAUAAUAUAUAUUAAGUAAAAUGUAUGGUCCAUUUCCUCCUUAUUUAUAAAUAUAUUUAUGAUUUUUUUUCAAUAUAUUAAUUAUACUAUUUUCAUCUGGUCAAUUUUUGGGUUCCUUGUUUAAUUUUGGACAUUAAUUUCGUUUUUUGAAUUAAUUUAAAACUAUUAUUGUGUUAAUUAGUAUUUUUUUUUUCAAAUUUAGUCAAAAAUGUGUUUAGUUCAAUUUGAUAGUAAUUUAAUUUUUUAGCUACAUUUGAGUAAAACAACGUAUCACUGCCAUAAACUAAGACGAGAUUUCUCGUCCAUGUCACCUAGUACUGAUUUUAGCUAUGCAUUUUUUUUUUUGUGAACAACAUGAAUGUUGUAUUUUAAAUGUGUUCAAUAGUUUUACAUAUUCAAAUAUAUUUUAUUUAUAUGUUAAUAAAAAAUUCUUUGACUUCAUUAAAUAAGUAAUAGUUUUUAAUUUUUAGUUUGAUUAUAAAUGUAUUGUAUUUUAAAAACAUUUAUUUAGAUUUAAGUUACAGUUUCAAUUUUUUUUUUAGUUAUGGAAAAGAACAUUAUUCUUUAUUAUGUAUUUUUCCUUUAUAAGCUUAGAAAAAUAUUAAAAACCUAACCUGGUGUUAAGUAGCGAAUUAUUGUAAUAUUUAAAUCGUAUUUUCAGCUGUCAAAAGCCGACCUGUAUUCAUUGUAUAAAAUAGUUGAUCUCAUGAUUAUUUUAUUUUUCAAAUGAUAAAAUUAUAUUAUAAAAUAUUGUAAUAAAGCUUUAAACAAUAGUAUAACUUUUGUCUAAA